AUAAAACAGAACUUUAUGGAGUUGACCUCUGCCCUCUCCCCAGGUGCGGGUGUGGUCAGUGUGUCUGUCCCAGCGCCCGACUCAGGACCUCAGGCUGAGAGCUGGACGGAGACAGCUGCCUUCUUACUUGACCGAGCCAACGUGCUGCACUUUAGCAUGGUCAUCACCGGAGUGAACUGGACAGACAGGAACCUGUCGGCCGUGCUCCACACCGACGGCCAGCCCCUGCAUGCUCCGGUCCACCUGGCUCCCUUGACCGCCCGCACCAACACCUACGUCGCUAAGGGUCACCUCCCAUUGUACGGUCAGACAGAUCUGAUUAUGUCGCUGUCCGGACCUGGUCUGAGCCAACUGCAGGUCAUGGAGGGAGGAGGAGGAGGAGGAGGAGGACAAGGAGGAGGGGGAGGUGAUCCUCUCAUCUCACAGACCCUCCCUCCCCUCACUCGCGGCAAGUGUCUGCACAGCAAGAUCCAGGUGGUGGGCAGCGGGAAGAGCUACUGGUCGCCCGAGUCGGCCCCGCUGGACAGUCUGUACGCCGUUGUGUCCGAUCACCUCAAGUUUGUCUACGACAACAACACCUCCCUCUAUCUUUUUGACUCGCAGGAGGACUGGGAGUCGUGUCAGUUUCACCGAGCCCAGCAACUAGUGCCCUUGGACGAGGUGAAAGGUCAAGGUUUUUUCUUCAAGACCUUGAACCGCACGGGGCCGUUUUACUUCGCAGACAGUUUCUCGUGUAACAGCUCACAGCCUCUCAGAUUGGUGGUGUACGUGGCCGAUGGAGUUCACUUGGUGAAGGACCAGGCCCAUGACGAGUGGUGCCGCCGGUCCGUGUACCAGGCGUGGAUCCACCAACAGCUGGAGGGCUGGAGUGAGCCGGCGGUGUCCGGUCCCAUCCUGAUCGGGCUGGUCGUGGGGCUGACGACCGCCGGCGUCUUCCUGGCCUGGCACAGCAUACAGGCCAAGAAAGCCCCGUUAAGUUUUCCAGGCAGUGCUGACAACGCUUUUGUGCGCUUCUGAUCAACGUUUCUGCCUCAUGAUACAUUGCUGUCAGUUAUUUAAAAAAUACCAGUAAAUAUGUGGCUGUCAGUUAGAAUGUUCUGAUGUUACGUUUUCUGGAGCCUCAAGAAUCAUGGCUGUCAAUUGUAAAGAAUAAAAAACCCAGUAACUACAUAGCCAGCAAGAGUAGAAUAAAAAACCCAGUGACUACAUGGCUAGCAACUAUAGAAAACUACCAGUAACUACAUGGCUGGCAACUAUAGAAAACUACCAGUAACUACAUGGCUGGCAACUAUAGAAAACUUCCAGUAACUACAUGGCUAGCAACAAUAGAAAAAUAACAACAACAUGGCUAGCAACAAUAGAAAAACUACCAGUAACUACAUGGCUAGCAACUAUAGAAAACUUCCAGUAACUACAUGGCUAGCAACAAUAGAAAAACUACCAGUAACUACAUGGCUAGCAACUAUAGAAAACUUCCAGUAACUACAUGGCUAGCAACAAUAGAAAAACUACCAGUAACUACAUGGCUAGCAACUAUAGAAAACUUCCAGUGACUACAUGGCUGGCAACAAUAGAAAAACUAC